ACAAUGAUGCGUUUAAGACACUGCUUCCGUUACCGUCUUCUUCCUCCAUCUUGUUCAUGUUAGGGUUUUCAGAGUUGCUGUGAUCCUUCACUUCUUCCCUCGCUGGCGUUCACGCAUCAAAUAAUGUGUUUUCAAUAACCAAAUUUUGAAGAAGAUCGUGAUUCCCACAACGUUUUUUUUUACCCUAACUCACGGAAUCGACAGCAUCGUGCGACACGUGGCAAUGGCUUACGUGGAUGAGGAGGGUUCUUCUGGUUCUGGAGAAGAUGUGAAUAUGUUGGAUGGACACAAGCGUCACCCAGUUGUAGUACCGUCCGGUUCCGGUGGCCGGAAGAGAAGCCGGAAAGCUGCCGGAGACGCCAUAGUCGAUGCCAUGCUGGAGAUAGCAGCUGCUUCAAAGAUGAGGGCAACUGCAAUUUUGAAGAAUGAGGACAGGUUCUCCAUAAGCAAAUGCAUUAAGGUGUUGGAUGAGUUGCAAGGUGUUGAUGAACGGGUCUACUUUCUUGCUUUGGAUUUGUUUGAGACUAACACUAGUGCCCGCGAGAUUUUCAUCUCUCUCAAGUGUGAAAAGAGAUUGCCAUGGUUGCAGGGCAAAUGUGUUGUUUCCUCUAGGUGAAAUUGAUUGUGAAAAUUCUUGGAUUAUGUUGAAUAGGGGUCCUAUACCUUUUUUUGUACGGUCAACUUGAUUGAAAGGGAGUUAUGUGUAUAAAGCACUUCCCCCUUCCCAUGAUUUCUAAAUUAUUAUUGGGAUUGCUGUUUUAUGCGUGAUUGGAAAUUUGAAAUGCUUUCUAAAGCUAUGAACUAAAUAUUUCAGAAUGAUAUACUACUUCUUGUUCA